UGGUUGACUAACAUCUUUACGCAGACCUGUGCCCUGCAUCCUUCCAUACAUUUAUCUAUUUGGUCUCAAGAGUCGUGCAACAGGUUAGCCUACCAUAUGCUCACAAAACACGAAAAGGAGCUGAUCGCUCAAAUCUGGGACAAAAUGAUUCCCGUGGCAUGCGACAUCGGAUCUGAAUCCCUUUUAAGAUACUAUUACAGAAUGAUGACGACUUUUCCCGGGACAAAGACAUACUUCGCCCACCUGGACAUCAGACCCCGGUCCCCACACCUGCUGUCACAUGGGAAGAAGAUCGUUCUUGCGAUAGCAGAGUGUUCCAAAGACAUCAGUUCGAUAAUGGUCACCCUGGCACCGCUCCAAACACUGCAUGCCUACCAACUGAGAAUAGACCCUUGCAACUUCAAGCUUCUUUCUCACUGUAUCCUCGUGACUUUGGCGGCUCACAUGCCUGAUGAGUUCACACCUGUUGCGCACGCAGCCAUGGACAAGUACCUCUCGGCCUUCGCAGCCGUCCUGGCAGAGAAAUACCGAUAA